GGUCAUGUCAGGUAUUAGAGUCGUGGAUCUGUAACCAAGCAGAAACAUGAGCCAAACAAAUGUGUGACAAACAGAACUGAGCACAGAUCCCUGAGGGCGAACCCUGUGCUGUGGUUGCAAAUGUCAUUAGAUCUUGUUGCUUAGCACCUCUGCUCUUCUGUACUUCUGUGUCGGACCCACCCUCUGCUAUCGAUGCUGCACAGACAUGUACGCAUGCAUAAUGCAAAAGCCUGCAGGCGAGCACACAGCGUAAGAGCAGGAAGGGGACACGGAGAAAGUGAAGAGGCUUCGUUUCGACAGAGCUGUCAAUCUAAUCCAGCCAACAGUCGCUAUCGACCUGUCAGCCCGCUGCGUCGAGCCGUCCAAACAUGUCUACAGAGUUGGAGCUCCCCUUCCGGCCAGACAACCAGCUGACGGAGGUGAUGCGCCUGCGGGUUCAGUCUCUGCAGCAGCGAGGCCAGAAGAGGCAGGACGGCGAACGCCUGCUGCUGCCCAACGAGGCCGUGUACCGGCUGGACUUCCCCAAACAGUCCCUCAGGUUCUCCCACUGGAAGGUGCAGCUGGCCCAGACGGGACGCCUCACCAUCACAGCCACCUCGCAGCUCUGGACGCCUGACCUCACCAACCUGAUGACACGCCAGCUGCUGGAGCCCGCGGGGGCUUUCUGGAGGUCGCCUCACGAUGCCGGUGAUUCGACCGUCCAGUGCUACGAGGCCGACGCACAUGAGUUCGGCGAGAGGAUCGCUGAACAGGCGAAGGUGAGGAAGGUGAUGUACUUCCUGUUUGCCUUUGCAGACGGCUGCAGCCCUGAGACUGUGGACAGCUCCAUCACCUUCACAACGGAUAGUUGAGACUUAACAUCUAAAAUACUGGAGACAUCCUGUCAUGAAACUCUUCUUUUGUGCUUGUUUUGUGUUUAGUUGAAGAAGAAAAGUUCAUUUUAGGUUAAACUUGCUUUUUUUCGUGUGUGGAUUACUUCCUCUAAUCAGCUGACAAUCUUUAAGGACAAGACUUUGUUCUCCAUCCUCCUCUUGGACUCAUUUACAAAGAAACUUGCUUCUGUUGUUGAACUUCCAGAUCACUAAAAGCGCUUGUUUGUAUCUCUGUACCUUUGAUGUU